CGGGCAGAUGAUUGUGAUCAGGAGACGUCGGUGGGUCGAGAUCGAUAGGAGCUGGCAAGUUGAGGUCAAAAGGUUCCCAUGAUGGGCGUUCUGAAGCUUCACAAACAAUACACAGUCCGAGAUACAUCAAAACCAGUUGAAUACCAUGCCCAAAAGAAAUCAUCCUUGGUCGUAUUUAUGAGCGUGAAGACUUUGAAUUUAUCUACAAAUUACUUGCGCUUCUUGGCCGAAGAAAAGCAGACCAAACGGCAUCUCUAUCCAGAGGUUGAAAGUAUUAGAGCUACCCAUAACACGUCUCAAGCGAGGCUUGAUCAUGAUCGAAGUGAGGCACUUCGGUGUAACUUGCGCCAAAUCAGCACUCACUCCAUAGAGACUUCGCACAUGACUGCUUCGAUUCAUUGGAAUUGUAACUUUCCUUCUCAACUAGGAAUCGGAGAACUUUUCGCCGCAUCUCUUGGACAGUGUCCUAGACUUGGUGGCUCUUGGCGGCCUCAGACUGACGGGGACUUCCAACUCUGUCUGCCGAAGUUGUCACCGAAUCUCAGUGGGGAUUGUGGCCGGAUGAUUCUUGACGGAAGUCAGCGAAUGGGGCAGGAUGGGGUGCUUUUGACAGAGUUGCGACAGAUCCCCCGGGGGAGAAAGCACUGA